AUGGCAUACAUCAGGACAUAUAACUCACAGGUUCGUGUUGGAAACUGGAAAGAAGAUGUUUCUCUUGAGGAGGAUGUUCUCAAAGACUUCCUGGACCGGCGGGAAAGAGGAGAGUUGACCACUCAGAAAAUUGGCCUUCUCAGACAGAAUAUACUAAAAAAGAUGGAUCUGUCAGUAUCAACUGAUGGAUGGUUGCACUUUGGGGAUGUGAUCAUGCUGGUGAACCCAGGAACUGAAAGGCAAAACAGCUCCAGUAACCUGGAGGAGAAACCUCGAGAACCAUCUGCCAUUGGCAUAAAUGCUAAUGUAAGCACCACUACUGCCUCUUCAAUAGAGGCUCCAUGUGAUGUAAGUGGAGCCAUGGUCUUGGAGCCGUCUGCAAGGACUGCCUUUGUCGUCACAAGUGUGGAUGGCAGUGCAACGGGUGACGUUGUGAUGUACAAUCAAAGUUUUGCCCUGCGAACGACGGAGGGUUUUGCAGGAGAGCUGUAUUUGACGAGCGAUCAUAAGACGUUCCAGAAGUGUGCAAAGAAGUCGCGCCUGCAGGAGGUCAGCCUGACAGACGAGCCCUCAUUCCUGACCUGGUGGCAGGCAGUGUACUUUGACCCCCAGGAGCGCCUGGAGUACGAGGGUCUGCCUGUACCGGUGAAUACAAAAGUUCUUGUUGUUCAUUGCAAGACAAACCAGUGCUUGGCUGUGCUUGGAAAAUACAUUUUAUGGACGCCGUAUGGAAAAGAGUAUGAAGUGACGGCUCAGACGUACCUGGACUCUCAUAAGGCCGAGCGGGAUAUGAAUCACUGGCUCUUUGUCACUGCCAACCCUGAAGUGGAGGGCCAAGCCAUCUUCAACAGGCCUGGCCCCAUGGCUGCCAUGACCCCCUCUGAGAAGCCAGAGAUGCAAAAAACUCAAUUCACUGAUGAUCAGUUAGUGGAGGAAAAACAGGAUUCUUAA